AUGACGACUCCCCGUGCCUUUGUCAUCCGCCACGGCGAGACGGAAUGGUCUCUGAACGGCCGGCAUACCGGCAGCACCGAUAUCCCGCUCACAGCCAACGGCGAGAAGCGUGUGCGCGCCACCGGCCGCGCCCUGGUUGGGAGUGACCGCCUUAUUGUACCCAAACGAAUCUCUCACAUUUACGUCUCCCCUCGCAAACGUGCCCAGCGCACCUUUGAACUGCUGAACCUCGGCAUCAACGACAACCUCCCCUGGAAGAAACACGGCGAGAUCGAGGGCAACGGCCCGCACUGCAACGCCUGCGUCGAGGUCACCGAGGACAUUCGCGAAUGGGACUAUGGCGACUACGAGGGCAUCACAUCGCCCGAGAUCCGCCGCAUCCGCAAGGAGCAGGGCCCUUCUGAGAACUGGGACAUUUGGCGCGACGGCUGCCCAGGCGGCGAGAGCCCCCAAGACGUGACGGAACGUCUGGACCGCCUCAUCAAAGACAUCCGCGACAGGUGGCACAGCCCCGUCAUCGGCAACAAGGACGCGCCCAACGGAGACGUCCUGGUCGUCGCCCACGGCCACAUCCUCCGCGCCUUUGCCAUGCGCUGGGCCGGCAAGACGCUGCAGGACGGACCGGCGUUCCUGCUCGAGGCCGGUGGCGUGGGUACUUUGAGUUACGAGCACCACAGCAUCGAGGAACCUGCUAUUCUGCUUGGAGAACACCCGCCUCUUCAUCCCCUGUCCCGAGCCAUGGCCAUGAUCACGCCCCUCAUGCCCGUGUCCAUGGCCGUCUCCAUGUCCAUGCCCAUGCCCCCCAAAAACAACACCACUCCCAAGCUCCUCCAUCCCGAAAUCCCUGCCCGCACCAGCCUGCUCAAAGACACUCCUCAUCCUCUCCUCCGAAAACCCGUGAUGCAUAACCGUAUGCGCAGCAGGCAACGCGUGAUCCAUCUUCUCGUGCGGCAGGAAAUCGAGAAUGAUGAAAACCCCGCCCGGCCUCAGCCUCUCCACCAGCCGGCGGGCCGAGAGCUCCGGGUCCUCAAAGUGGUGGAACCCGAGACCGACACCGGCAACGUCAAAGUCGCGGAAGCGGCCGUCGUCGGAAGCGAACGCCGCGGGGGCCGGAUCGGAGGGGUCCGUGAGGUUGCCUUGGUAGGCGUGCAUUUCGUCGGUGGUGAGGCCCUGAGGGGGUGGGUGGUCAUGUCAGUCGCCGGGUUCAGCUGA